GGGAAGGCGGGGCCGGGAUCCCCUCCCGCCGAGUGGCCCGGAACGCAAUCCCCGAGACCCCCAGGGCCCCGAGGGUCAUGCAAGUGACCAGAUCGAGUCUAGAACAGACCUCUUGCUGGACAGUGCGGGACUCGAUUUGGCGGGGCCGGAGAUUUGGGGAAGUUUGUCCAGCAAGGGGCGGGUGACGUAAGCAGGGGGGCGGGUCCCGGGCAUAUAAAUACAGGCUGGCGGGUCUGUGCUUCAUUCAUAAGACUCAGAGCUACGGCCACGGCAGGGACACGCGGAACCAAGACUUGGAAACUUGAUUAUUGUGGUUCUUCUUGGGGGUUAUGAAAUUUCGUUAAUCUUUUUUUUUCCGGGGAGAAAGUUUUUGGAAAGAUUCUUCUAGAUAUUUCUUCAUUUUCUUUUGGAGGACCGACUUACUUUUUUCGUCUUCUUUAUUACUCCCCUCCCCCCGUGGGACCCGCCGGACGCGUGGAGGAGACCGUAGCUGAAGCUGAUUCUGUACAGCGGGACAGCGCUUUCUGCCCCUGGGGAAGCAACCCCUCCCUCGCCCCUGGGUCCUACGGAGCCUGCACUUUCAAGAGGUACAGCGGCAUCCUGUGGGGGCCUGGGCACCGCAGGAAGACUGCACAGAAACUUUGCCAUUGUUGGAACGGGACGUUGCUCCUUCCCCGAGCUUCCCCGGACAGCGUACUCUGAGGACUCGCUCAGCUCACCCGGGACUCCCACGGCUCACCCCGGACUUGCACCUUACUUCCCCAACCCGGCCAUAGCCUUGGCUUCCCGGCGACCUCAGCGUGGUCACAGGGGCCCCCCUGUGCCCAGGGAAAUGUUUCAGGCUUUCCCCGGAGACUACGACUCCGGCUCCCGGUGCAGCUCCUCACCCUCUGCCGAGUCUCAAUAUCUGUCUUCGGUGGACUCCUUCGGCAGUCCACCCACCGCCGCCGCCUCCCAGGAGUGCGCCGGUCUCGGGGAAAUGCCCGGUUCCUUCGUGCCCACGGUCACCGCGAUCACAACCAGCCAGGACCUCCAGUGGCUUGUGCAACCCACCCUCAUCUCUUCCAUGGCCCAGUCCCAGGGGCAGCCACUGGCCUCCCAGCCCCCGGUCGUCGACCCCUACGACAUGCCGGGAACCAGCUACUCCACACCAGGCAUGAGUGGCUACAGCAGUGGCGGAGCGAGUGGCAGUGGUGGGCCUUCCACCAGCGGAACUACCAGUGGGCCUGGGCCUGCCCGCCCAGCCCGAGCCCGGCCUAGGAGACCCCGAGAGGAGACGCUCACCCCAGAGGAAGAGGAGAAGCGAAGGGUGCGCCGGGAACGAAAUAAACUAGCAGCAGCUAAAUGCAGGAACCGGCGGAGGGAGCUGACCGACCGACUCCAGGCGGAGACAGAUCAGUUGGAGGAAGAAAAAGCAGAGCUGGAGUCGGAGAUCGCCGAGCUCCAAAAGGAGAAGGAACGUCUGGAGUUUGUGCUGGUGGCCCACAAACCGGGCUGCAAGAUCCCCUACGAAGAGGGGCCCGGGCCGGGCCCGCUGGCGGAGGUGAGAGAUUUGCCGGGCUCAGCACCGGCUAAGGAAGAUGGCUUCAGCUGGCUGCUGCCGCCCCCGCCACCACCGCCCCUGCCCUUCCAGACCAGCCAAGACGCACCCCCCAACCUGACGGCUUCUCUCUUUACACACAGUGAAGUUCAAGUCCUCGGCGACCCCUUCCCCGUUGUUAACCCUUCGUACACUUCUUCGUUUGUCCUCACCUGCCCGGAGGUCUCCGCGUUCGCCGGCGCCCAACGCACCAGCGGCAGUGACCAGCCUUCCGAUCCCCUGAACUCGCCCUCCCUCCUCGCUCUGUGAACUCUUUAGACACACAAAACAAACAAACACAUGGGGGAGAGAGACUUGGAAGAGGAGGAGGAGGAGGAGAAGGAGGAGAGAGAGGGGAAGAGACAAAGUGGGUGUGUGGCCUCCCUGGCUCCUCCGUCUGACCCUCUGCAGCCACUGCGCCACUGCCAUCGGACAGGAGGAUUCCUUGUGUUUUGUCCUGCCUCUUGUUUCUGUGCCCCGGCGAGGCCGGAGAGCUGGUGACUUUGGGGACAGGGGGUGGGAAGGGGAUGGACACCCCCAGCUGACUGUUGGCUCUCUGACGUCAACCCAAGCUCUGGGGAUGGGUGGGGAGGGGGGUGGGGUGACGCCCACCUUCGGGCAGUCCUGUGUGAGGAUGAAGGGACGGGGGUGGGAGGUAGGCUGUGGGGUGGGCUGGAGUCCUCUCCAGAGAGGCUCAACAAGGAAAAAUGCCACUCCCUACCCAAUGUCUCCCACACCCACCCUUUUUUUGGGGUGCCUAGGUUGGUUUCCCCUGCACUUCCGACCUUAGCUUAUCGAUCCCACAUUUCCAUGGUGUGAGAUCCUCUUUACUCUGGGCAGAAGUGAGCCCCCCCUUAAAGGGAAUUCGAUGCCCCCCCUAGAAUAAUCUCAUCCCCCCACCCGACUUCUUUUGAAAUGUGAACGUCCUUCCUUGACUGUCUAGCCACUCCCUCCCAGAAAAACUGGCUCUGAUUGGAAUUUCUGGCCUCCUAAGGCUCCCCACCCCGAAAUCAGCCCCCAGCCUUGUUUCUGAUGACAGUGUUAUCCCAAGACCCUGCCCCCUGCCAGCCGACCCUCCUGGCCUUCCUCGUUGGGCCGCUCUGAUUUCAGGCAGCAGGGGGUGCUGUGAUGCCGUCCUGCUGGAGUGAUUUAUACUGUGAAAUGAGUUGGCCAGAUUGUGGGGUGCAGCUGGGUGGGGCAGCACACCUCUGGAGGGAUAAUGUCCCCACUCCCGAAAGCCUUUCCUCGGUCUCCCUUCCGUCCAUCCCCCUUCUUCCUCCCCUCAACAGUGAGUUAGACUCAAGGGGGUGACAGAACCGAGAAGGGGGUGACAGUCCUCCAUCCACGUGGCCUCUCUCUCUCUCCUCAGGACCCUCAGCCCUGGCCUUUUUCUUUAAGGUCCCCCGACCAAUCCCCAGCCUAGGACGCCAACUUCUCCCACCCCUUGGCCCCUCACAUCCUCUCUAGGAAGGGAGUGAGGGGCUGUGACAUUUUUCCGGAGAAGAUUUCAGAGCUGAGGCUUUGGUACCCCCAAACCCCCAAUAUUUUUGGACUGGCAGACUCAAGGGGCUGGAAUCUCAUGAUUCCAUGCCCGAGUCCGCCCAGCCCCGACCAUGGUUUUGGCUCUCCCACCCCGCCGUUCCCUGCGCUUCAUCUCAUGAGGAUUUCUUUAUGAGGCAAAUUUAUAUUUUUUAAUAUCGGGGGGUGGACCACGCCGCCCUCCAUCCGUGCUGCAUGAAAAACAUUCCACGUGCCCCUUGUCGCGCGUCUCCCGUCCUGAUCCCAGACCCAUUCCUUAGCUAUUUAUCCCUUUCCUGGUUUCCCAAAGGCAAUUAUAUCUAUUAUGUAUAAGUAAAUAUAUUAUAUAUGGAUGUGUGUGUGUGCGUGCGCGUGAGUGUGUGAGCGCUUCUGCAGCCUCGGCCUAGGUCACGUUGGCCCUCAAAGCGAGCCGUUGAAUUGGAAACUGCUUCUAGAAACUCUGGCUCAGCCUGUCUCGGGCUGACCCUUUUCUUAUCGUCUCGGCCCCUCUGAUUGUUCCCGAUGGUCUCUCUCCCUCUGUCUUUUCUCCUCCGCCUGUGUCCAUCUGACCGUUUUCACUUGUCUGCUUUCUGACUGUCCCUGCCAAUGCUCCAGCUGUCGUCUGACUCUGGGUUCGUUGGGGACAUGAGAUUUUAUUUUUUGUGAGUGAGCCUGAGGGAUCGUAGAUUUUUACAAUCUGUAUCUUUGAGAAUUCUGGGUGCGAGUGUGAGAGUGUGAGCAGGGCUUGCUCCUGCCAACCACAAUUCAAUGAAUCCCCGAACCCCCUACCCCAUGCUGUACUUGUGGUUCUCUUUUUGUAUUUUGCACCUGACCCCGGGGGGCUGGGGCAGAUUGGCGAUGGGCCGUCCCCUCUCCCCUUGGUUCUGCACUGUUGCCAAUAAAAAGCUCUUAAAAACGCA